UCCUGGGGCUUGCACGGACCACUCAGCGGUACACCGGAGGGGUAUCAUGACUAUUUAUAACCAGCAAUUCUCUCUUAUCAAUUUUUCAACCGCUUCGCCGAGCGGUCGUCGGUCCUAACACCGCGGGGGGAGACAACAACACGCCGGGGUCGAACAGGAUGUAAAAGGGGGUGAGCUGUGACUGCCCCCUUUCUUUGUCUCUCCGUGCACCUGCGUGUACUGUGGGCAGCCCCGGCCCGUCGGAGAGGCGCUGUGCUCAGAGACUGUGCUGCGCUACGAGCACCCAUGGCGUCUGGCCCCUCAUGUCCCCCUGUUGGCCGCAGGCUCCGGCUGAAGGAGCUGCUACUCGGGCCUCUGCUGGUCUUCCUGGUUUCUGGGCUGGAACCGGUUCUGUGUGAGAAGGUCUACACGAACACAUGGGCUGUCCACAUACCUGGAGGUCAGGAGGGAGCUGAUCUAAUCGCAAAUAAACAUGGGUUCAUCAAUCAAGGACAUGUAUUUGGUGAUUAUUAUCACUUCCGGCAUCGCACGGUGGUGAAGAGAUCCUUGUCUGAUCACAGAGGGACACAAGUCCGUCUCGAAAGAGAUCCCAAGGUGACUUGGGCUGAACAACAAGUGUCGAAAAAGAGGAAAAAGAGGGACGUCUACCAAGAACCAUCAGAUCCCAAGUUCAGAGACCAGUGGUACCUGUACAACCCAAACCACCGUGACCUGAAUGCCAGAUCUGCGUGGGAGUUGGGCUACACAGGUAAAGGAGUGGUGGUGUCCAUCCUGGAUGAUGGAAUAGAGAAGAACCAUCCUGACCUAAUGCAAAAUUACGACCCGGAUGCCAGCUACGAUGUGAAUGAUGGCGACCCAGAUCCCCAGCCCCGAUACACGCAGCUGAAUGACAACAGGCAUGGAACACGAUGUGCAGGAGAGGUGGCAGCGGUAGCCAACAACGGGAUCUGCGGAGUCGGUGUGGCAUACAAUGCCAAGAUUGGAGGUGUGCGUAUGCUGGACGGAGAGGUGACUGACAUGGUGGAGGCCCAGUCCCUCAGUUUGAAUCCCCAACACAUCGACGUCUACAGCGCCAGCUGGGGCCCGGAGGACGACGGCAAAACUGUGGACGGACCUGCCAAACUGGCCAAAGAAGCUUUUCUGCGUGGAGUUACAGAGGGUCGUAAUGGUUUGGGCUCCAUCUUUGUGUGGGCUUCUGGGAACGGAGGGAGGGAACUGGACAGCUGUAACUGCGACGGCUACACCAACAGCAUCUACACGCUGUCCAUCAGCAGCUCCACCCAGAACGGAAACGUCCCCUGGUACAGCGAGGCCUGCUCCUCCACCCUGGCCACCACCUACAGCUCUGGAAACCCUAAGGAGAAACAGAUAGUGACUACAGACCUCAAAUCUAAAUGCACAGACUCCCACACAGGCACCUCCGCCUCGGCCCCGCUGGCUGCUGGGAUCAUCGCUCUUGCCCUUGAGGCCAAUAAAAAUCUGACCUGGAGGGACAUGCAACAUCUGGUUGUACGAACUUCUCACCCUGCCCACCUGCUCACCAACGACUGGAGAACCAAUGGGGUCGGACGCAAAGUUAGCCAUUCAUAUGGAUACGGUCUACUUGAUGCCAGUGCAAUCGUUGCUCUGGCAGAAACGUGGACCAAUGUGAGGCCUCAGCGGAAAUGUGUGAUCACUAUGGUCAGUGAGCCAAGGAACAUUGGCAGCCAUUUGUCGAUUAACAUGAGCGUAGAAGCCUGCAUGGGAACAGGCAGUCACGUGACCUCGUUAGAGCACGUCCAGGCCCGGCUCACGCUGUCCUACAACCGCAGGGGGAACCUGGCCAUCCACCUCAUCAGUCCUUCCGGCACACGCUCCACUCUGCUCCACCCCAGGCCUCAUGACUACUCAUCAGAGGGUUUCAACGACUGGGCUUUCAUGACCACCCACUCCUGGGACGAGAAGCCCAGCGGGGCCUGGACUCUGGAGAUUGAGAACGUGGCAGGGGCCAGUGACUAUGGCACUCUGACCCAGUUCAUCCUGGUGCUGUAUGGCACCGGCUUAGCCUCUUCCAGCCCCUCUGAACAGGCCCCGUCUGGCAAUGACAACUGCAAAACCUUGGACCUGAGGCAGAUAUGCAUCGAGUGCAACGCCGGCUACUACCUCUUUCAGCAGGGCUGUGUGAAGGAAUGUACCGCAGGCUUCUCGCUGGGCUCCCAGCCCGUCAACUACUCUGUGGGAAACUUCAUCCCCCCGGCGUCCGUCCCCGCCUGCCUGCCCUGCCCCCCCCCCUGCCUGACCUGCAGCAGCCUCAGCCCGCAGGCCUGCCUCUCCUGCCCCCCCCACAGCUCCCUGGACUCCUCGGGCACCUGUGUGCACCUCAACCAGUACAUGCGCGAGUCCCCCGACAGCUUCAUGGCGAGCCAGGGCAGUCCGGGGGUGCAGCUCCAGCUCAGCUCGCGCCUGCCCAUCACCGUGGCCGUCCUCAGCUGCAUGGCCAUCAUCGCCACCUUCGCCGGCACCUUCCUGCUGCUGCAGCUGCGCUCCGGCGCUCAGAUCAAGCUGCCCUCUCUGGAGGGGGGCCGCGGCCUCGGGGGGGGCUUCAGCCUCGGCGGAAACAGGGUUGUGUCGUACCGCGGGAUCCCGACAGUGUGGGGGGAUGACGUGAUAAACACGGACUCUGACAACGAAGACUUCGACGGCCACAAUGAGAGGACUGCCUUUAUCAAAACACAAAGUGCUCUUUAAUGCCUCCCCCUCAUCCCUCGCUCUCUCCUGCUUUUAAAGUCUUCUCACUUUCAUUUGUCUGAUCAUUCAUGGCUGUGCUGACUGCCCUCUCACAGCCUUUUCUGGCAUUAUCUCUCAUCCCUUUUCCCCUGUCUCUGUCUUAGCGGGUCUCUUCUUCGUCCUGCUCCAGGAUGUGCCGUAGGAGACCUGAUGGGAAGCCUCUGUCUCUCAGAGCUCUGGGAUGGCUGAGCUUUGCUCUGUUCAUACUUGGGCGCUUUUCUAUUAAACUGGCUCUCUCCCUCCUCUUGCCCUCAAUCACUAACAAUGUAUGUCCAUGCAGAGUCCAUUUUCCCCUCCAGCCCCAGCUCCUUUUUGUUACAGUAAACAAAUGAUUAUUAUUUCCCCUCUCUCUCCAUCAGUCUCAGUGCAGUAGCCAGACGAGAUUGUUGAAUGUGAGGAGUAGAGACGUGUGUGUGUGUGUGUGUCUGUGUGAAUGCGAGCGUGUAAAUCUGAUGAACAGAGUACUGCCCUUUAUAGAGAAGCUAAAGCCGGUCCUGUCACAUCCAGUACAUUAACCAAAAGUGAUAGCAAACAUUUUUAUUACGAGGCAUAAAAUUGGAUUAGGAAACAUUGAUUCUAUCUGAAACACCGUUUAGUGACAUCAACGUCCAAAAUCUGAUCAUAAAUGCACCUCUUAUCUGUAACGAGUCACAGUGUAAUGCACAAAUCAGAAGCAUAAUAGUUGACAAGUUAAUGUCCACACCAUAAUGAUUUUUAAUCUUGUGCCAGCUCUCAGAGAAGCAACACAGACCGAGGGCCUCUUGGUUUUGUUUCUCUUUAUGACCAGACAAUGUUUUGUAUUAUAUACUUUAAACAAAAUCCAUCUUGCACACUUUUUUUAAAUGUAAUAUGUUAUACUAUUGUAGUAAGGGAGGCUUUAAUUCUCCUAUUGAACACAAAGUCUGGAAAUAUCUCUCUCUGGCGGAACAAACUGUGACUCACACCACUAGCAAAGCUUCGUUCAGCCUUUAGGGAUUCAAGAUGAGCUCAAUUUAUCCCGGUUUAAAAACCAUAAAUUCUCCUUUUGCUCUUCACCUCUACAACCACCAUGUGGAAGGGAACCAAAAGUAAGAUGAAUUAAAAGGCAGAAAAUAAACCACACAGGCUACUCGAUCAGCCCGGAGGCACAGUGGCUUCCAGGGAUAUUUGAUUUCUGUGUUUGAAGUGCUCACAUCCCGGGGCGGAGAGAGAAGCAGGAACAGAGUGAUGCUGAGCACAAGAGCUUCUCAAAGGCAGCUGUUGAGUCGGAUUGAUUUAUGACGGAAGACUCAACAAAACAUUAGCACUACAAUCGUACAUGAGACACACCUCAUAUCAUAAUGAAUGAAACUUUAUCAGUGUGUGUGUGUGUUGAGAAGAUGUUUAUCUGCUCUCUAAAGUGAAGGUUUCCUUUUCUCCUUUGCUUUAGUCUCCGCUUUCUUCUUCAAAUCUUGAAUGCUGUUCAGAAAUCGUGCGUGGAGACUCCACAUCUCAUCAGCGUCUCUUCACUUACCCUCCAGUCUUCAUCUAAUCUGAAAUUCAGAUUAUCUCUUCAGCGUACUUGCCAAUUAAUUAUAUUCUGAAUGACACUGCAGCAACUAUUUAUUCGGAGGGGUUUUUAAUCAUACCUUUAGGGAAAAUUGUUUUAAAGUAAUUCCUUUUCUCCCGGGCUGGUUAUCAUCUCAAAUGUGCAUCUCAUAAUUUAGCCAUUUUGAAUACACAGCCCGCUCUUUCUACCAUGUUGAAAUUAUGAUUAUUCUUUUCAUUUCCAGCACAGAAAACGAGAGAGGUUGUCAUGGUGAUGACAUGCAUUCAGAACUGCAGCUGCUCAUCCUAUUUUCUUUUCUUUUUUUUAAUCUACCUCUCAUAUCAUCCAGCGAGGUCUCGUACGCUGUUAGAGGAGCUGUUAAAUGAUUAUAGAGGUCGAAUUAUAUGUAGGUCAGUUUUGAAAAUGCUUGUCAGGAAAGAUUUAAGAGAAUAGGCACCCAAGUAAAAUGUAUGUAUUUGAAGAGAAGGAAGCAAUUGCGAUUCAGAAACUGUAACACUGCUGUGUAAAUGUUUGAGAAAUGCAUUGCCUGUAGGAUCAGCAUUCACGGGCAGUCACACCUGGGCUGUAAAAGCUGUUAUUGGAUAUAGAACGAGGUGGAAGGAUUGUCCAUAGAUCUUGUUGGCCAGCGUUUAAGUGCUACAUCAUUUUUCAAAUUGUUAGGGGCGUUUGUUUUCCACAUCUCUCAUACUAAGUUUCAACUGCAUUUUUUUCCUGUCACUGACAAUCAAAUAAUUCCCUUGUUUCCAGGGCGAGAAAGUGCACCAGCACACAAAACUAAUCGAUUGAAUUGAACCACUUUAGUUGGAAAAUCUUUUUUCCGAAGGUAUAAUUCAUAAUAACAAUAUUCAGAGCUGAAUGUAAAUUGUAAAUGUAAAUUGUAAAAGCGUGUUCAGAGAGGGAAAGAAAGAAAAACGUUAGAGAAUAAAGAGUUUUAAACCAAUACCUUCCCACAUCCUGUUUCAAAGCAUGGCGAAAGAUUGGUUUGUAUCUCAAACACAGCGCUGAGCCAGGAAGCUUAAUUCAUCUCUGAUGGCCGUGCAGGUGGACUGCUUAACGCUGCAGUUUCAGCCAGGAAGCACUAAACAGGAUUGGAAACCCGCCUGAGAAAGUAGAUUCAAAGAAAGUGCCGUUGAAAAGAACAAAGCUGGUGUGGCUGCAGAAUAAAUGAGUGUGUGCUGCAUAGCUCUGUGAGAUGUACAUUAGUGCCUAGUGCCAUUUAUUCGAUUAGCCCCAGUUUAAGGUGGUGCUAAUUUAAAAAAUGUAAUAAAUACAGCCUCAGACUCCUGCAACAAAUCUUAUUGACUUCCCAGCUUGGUGUGAAGUUUGUAAACAACAGUUAAUGGGCUCAUUUGGCACCAAAAUUGCUUCCAUAAAAUAUUGUUCUUAAAGUCUAGAUGCUAAGAGGGCGCUCCUUUAGAAGGAGUAUAAUGUGGGACUCUGACUAAUACAAUUAGUAUUGAUGCUCACGCUAUCAACGUUGUGCAUCUCCCCUUACAAACGAUUUCUAUAGCUUCAAGGAAGAAUAACGUUUUUCCAAGAGUGCAACAUGUGGGAGGGUGUUCAGGCAGUUCUCUUGUCCCCUCGAAUGCACACACAAAAUGAUUUAUUCAUCUUUUCUUGAUGUUGUAUCCACUACAGCUUGAAAACUCUGAAAACCUUAAACUGAUGAACUCGAAGCCUUGUGCAUUCAAGUGUUCAUCUUGGAGAGAAAUCAUGAAUGCGGGCAGCAUUAAGUAGCUAGUGCUUCCAAAGCACACCAUUAGAAGCCAGCUCACUACUUUUACCGCUAAAACGAGAUGGAAACAGCACACUAAGAAAAUAAAAAGGUCUCUAAUUGUGCCGGAAAGCAACUCAUCAUUAAAAGGCUGCCACUUCACCGGCAGUGUGAAGCCUUUUGAUGUAUAAAGUAACAGGAAUGUUACAGAAAUCUGCUCGUCACAAAUUGUUUCCUCUGGCUAUAAAGGAAGAUGGGUUUUUGUUCUCUUUUUGCAGCAGAUUAUUUUCAGCAGAUGUUGCUUCAGUCCUGCCUUAGGAUGUAGUCUGAAGUGAUCAAUAUGAAGUCUGACGGAGUUAAUCGGAGCAAUAUCUUUGGCAUAACCAAAGACAAUCAUUUUUAUGCUGUCUGUUUAGUGUUACGACGUGUUGCUUUCAGGUUGUCACAGUCCAUCGAGCCCCUUCACCCGUGUUCAAAGUGUUUUUGUUGAUCUGUCACCUCUGUUUUUAUUUUCUGAAGAUGUGCUGUGACACUUUGUCUGUUCAGCAGCUGUGGAGGGAGGAGGCAGAAUGUAUCCCAUCUCCAUUAACUUAAGGGCUCAAUCAGAUCUGCGUACGUCUGUGUGUACACAUGCUUGAUUAAGUAUAAAUGAAACACUUUGUGAUGGGGGAGGAGCUGUUGACCCCCCGCCUCUCCAGAGGAACCCGGCCUGUGGCUGCACACAGUACCUUACAGAUAUGUGACCUAUGAAUAAUGUACAAGAAUGACUAUCUUACAUGAGACAUAACUCUAAAAUAAGGCCUAUUUUUGUACUAUAUGAACGGUGCAGUGUAAUUUUCUUGUAAUUUAAAGAUUUUUUCGCUCUU